AACUACCCCUGGCCACCGAAAACCCGAUUCCAUCGAAAGAAAUUUUUUGGUUUCAUUUUCUGGUUUUCUCAUCUCAUUUUCUCACACUUUCUCACCACCUAAACAACACCAUUCUCGAAAACAGCAAUUGACCCAGUUGCAGUAUUUUUCAUUUACAUAAUUUCUCUAAUCACACGAACUGUCUUCCCGGCUUUGUUCUCCGAAUCUCCGCUCACACUCUCUCACCUCAGCCCUACAAUUCAAAACCUUCCUUAUUCACUCCAUUACAACUUCAAUUACUGAUUCGGAGCUCACUGUUUAGUCCGGAAAACUUCAAAUUAGAAGGUUUUGCAGGGCAAUUUGGGAGGAUUAGAAAAUGUCGGGACCACAGAGGGUAAGGUCGGCUAACAUUGCGACGAAAAUGGAAGCGAGGCGGGAACAAGGUACUGGUAAAACUGGAACCGAAAUCGGCCAAAAAAAUGGAAAAACCAGUUCAGCAAUUGUCUGAGGGAAAAGACGGAGAGAAGGAUAAAGAACUGUUAGGUCUACAGAAGGAACCAAUGGCGGCUUCUCAACCGUUGACUUUGACUGCAUCAAUUUUGAGGCAGCAGGAAAGGAAGGUGGGAACUUUGUCAAUGAGUUUGUCGUGUUUGUCGGACGGAGGAGCAUCGUCUUCAUCGGCAGGGUCGUCUUCCAGUGGGAAGACUGGCAGAGGAGGCCGGCGGGGAGUUGGAGUUGGAGUGAGAAGGAAGCAAAGUGAAUCGAAAGGGGAGAGUGAGGUUACGGUGGUGGAUUCAGGGGAAGACGGUUGCUUGGUAAAAAAGAAAAGGUGUGGGUGGGUAACACCCAAUUCAGAUCUUUGUUAUGUUGCUUUCCACGAUGAAGAAUGGGGAGUUCCAAUUCAUGAUGACAAGAAAUUGUUUGAAUUGCUCAGCUUAUCUGGUGCUUUGGCUGAACUGACAUGGCCUACCAUCCUUAGCAAAAGACACAUGUUUAGAGAAACCUUUCUGGAGUUUGAUCCGAGGGCUGUUUCCAAACUAAGUGAGAAAAAGAUAGGCACCCCUGGAAGCCCUGCUACCUCUCUGCUAUCAGAACUCAAGAUUCGAGCCAUCAUUGAAAAUGCACGCCAAAUAUGCAUGGUAACAGAUGAGUUUGGGUCAUUUGACAAGUACAUUUGGAGCUUCGUGAACCACAAGCCAAUAGUUGGUCAAUUCCGGUACCCUCGCCAGGUUCCAGUCAAGAGUUCAAAAGCAGAGGCGAUAAGCAAAGACCUUAUCAGAAGAGGAUUCCGAAGCGUGGGGCCGACAGUUGUAUAUUCAUUCAUGCAAGUGGCUGGAUUGACUAAUGACCAUCUUAUGAGUUGCUUUCGGUUUCAGGAAUGCAUAACAGGGGUGGAAUCAAGGGGGGAAGUCAAUAACGAUGAAGAAGCAAAUGACGAAACUAGAAAACUUGAGGAGACAAGUGCCCUGGACAUAUGAUUUGGGUUUUGGUUGAGAGCUUGUAUGUUUUGUUUUGUUACAUUGAUCGAGUGUUUUCACACCAUUUGGAAAUAUGGUGGAUGAUGAUUGCUGUUGUGUACAAAUUGUUUCGUUAUGUAGAACCAGGGAGAAAGAUGUCGCAUUUGUUAUAAAUGUCUAUGUAUACGGUGAGGAAUGUUUAUUUUAAGAAACUUUUUCAAUCAAAUAGAAAAUGCCACAACUUGUUUGAAGAAUACUUGUAUGAAUUGAAAUGUCAUAUCAGGUGAGGCGGCCGAGAAUAUUUUCAGUUUGAAAAUCUUGGCAAUGGAAUCCAGGGUGGG